GGAUGGGCGGCGAUGGUGGCAGGGGCAGGCGGGGCUCCGCGCGGGGUCCCGCGAGGAGGGGGUGCGAGCGGGAGGGCCGGCUGUAUAGGGCGUGGGUCGGCGGCGAUCCAGCCGGGGUGGAGCCGGGAGCCGGGAGCCGCAGCGACGACGCUGGGCGCUCAGAGCUAUGCGUCCGGGGUCUCGGGGAGCUCGAGGGUCGCCCACGUUGGGGCUGCUGCUGCUACUGGGACUACCGUGGCCGGUGUGGGGGACCGGGGAGUUCCAAGGAAACACCCUUGGAAAGCCAGUCAUUCUGCACUGGAGCCUAGAUGGACGACCCCAGCACACGGUCACCCUGGAGGAACCGGUCCCAAACCUAGAAGUGAGGCUGGUGGCCUUGGAGGCUGAAGGUCAGGAACUCCUGCUAGAGCUGGAGAAGAAUCACAGGCUGCUGGCCCCAGGAUACACAGAAACCCACUACAGCCCAGAUGGGCGGCCAGUAGUGCUGUUCCCCAACCACAAGGAUCACUGCCACUACCAUGGGCAUGUGAGGGGCUUCCCGGACUCCUGGGUGGUCCUCAGCAUCUGCUCUGGGAUGAGGGGCCUGAUCACACUCAGCAGCAAUGCCAGCUAUUACGUGCAUCCCUGGCCAGCUGGGGACUCCAAGGACCUCUUGACCCAUAGGAUCUUCCGGGUGGAGCAGAUGUUCAGCACGAAAGGAGCCUGUGGCCACGGGGACCCAAGGGACAAAAGGGACAUGACCAGCCUUUCGUGUGCCACCCAGAUCAGGGAGAGGCGGGAGUCCUUCCAAAGUCCGAGGUACCUGGAGCUGUACAUGGUGGCGGACCACACCCUGUUUUUGACUCAGCACCGGAACUUGAACCACGUCAAGCAGCGUCUUCUGGAGGUGGCCAAUUAUGUGGAUCAGAUUCUCAGGACUUUGGACAUUCAGGUGGUGCUGACCGGCCUGGAAGUGUGGACCGAGCAGGACCAGAGCCGCGUCACGCCAGACGCGAACGCCACGCUCUGGGCCUUCCUGCAGUGGCGCCGGGGGCUGUGGGCGCGGCGGCCACACGACUCCGCUCAGCUGCUCACGGGCCAAGCUUUCCGCGGCGCCACAGUGGGCCUGGCGCCCGUCGAGGGCAUGUGCCUCGCGGAGAGCUCUGGAGGCGUGACCACCGACCACUCGGAGUUCUCCAUGGGUGCUGCGGCCACCAUGGCCCACGAGAUAGGCCACAGCCUCGGCCUCAGCCACGACCCCCACGGCUGCUGCGCGGAGGCAGCGGUGGAGCAGGGCGGCUGCGUGAUGGCGGCGGCUACUGGGCACCCGUUCCCGCGCGUGUUUAGCGCCUGCAGCCGCCGCCAGCUGCGCGCCUUCUUCCGAAAGGGAGGGGGCGCUUGCCUCUCCAACGCGCCGGACUCCGGGCUCCUGGUGCCGCAGGCGCGCUGCGGGAACGGCUUUGUAGAAAAGGGCGAGGAGUGCGAUUGCGACGCCGGCCAGGAGUGCCCCGGCUCCUGCUGCCUUGCCCACAACUGCUCGCUGCGUGCGGGGGCCCAGUGCACCCACGGCGGCUGCUGCGCACACUGCCUGGUGAGGCUGAAGCCGGCGGGCACGCCAUGCCGCCCGGCUGCGGGCGACUGUGACCUCCCUGAAUUCUGCACCGGAGCCUCCCCUUAUUGCCCGCCGGACGUUUACCUACUGGACGGCUCGCCCUGCGCCAGAGGCCGCGGCUACUGCCGGGACGGCGCGUGUCCCACGCUGGAGCAGCAGUGCCAGCAGCUCUGGGGGCCUGGCUCGCGUCCAGCCCCGGAGGCUUGCUUCCAGGUCGUGAACUCCGCGGGAGACGCCCAGGGGAACUGCGGCCCGCAGGGAGACGGCAGCUUCGUACCCUGUGCGCAGAGGGAUGCGCAGUGUGGGAAACUGCAGUGCCAGGGCGGGGAGCAGAGCCCACUGGUGCCACACGCGGUUCCGGUGGACUCCACCGUACACCUGGGCAGCCGCGAGGUGACUUGCAGGGGGGCUUCCGUGCAGCCCGGUGCCCAGCUAGACCUGCCUGACUUGGGCCUGGUAGAGGCAGGCACCCAGUGUGGACCUAGAAUGUGCCCUCACUGCCCACAGGUGUGCCAGGAAAGGCGCUGCCAGAACACCACCUUCCGAGAGCUGGAGCUCUGCCUGAUGACCUGCCACGGUCGUGGGGUUUGCAAUAGUAACCGUAAUUGUCACUGUGCUCCAGGCUGGGCUCCGCCUUCCUGUGACAAGCCAGGGUUGGGCGGUAGUGUGGACAGCGGUCCUGUGCGCCCUCAAAACCGGGACACCUUCACGCUGGCGGUGAUCCUUAGCUCUGUGCUCCCUCUGCUGCCCGGGGCUGGCCUGGCCUGGUGCUGCUGCCGGCAGCCAGGACUCUGUCUCCAACAACGCUUCUGGGGCUCAAGGAGGGACCUCAUGUGCAGGGGAUCCAAAGAUGGCCCACGCAGAGGCCACCUUCUGGGCAGCACCCACCCAAUGGAGUUGGGCCUGACAUCCCCUCGAGAGCCCCAGCCCUUGGGUAGAGUCCAAAAGCCAAGAUCCUGUCUCCGGUGAAGUGACUCCUGACAUGAGAAGACUUAAGGACAGGUGGCUACUGACUGCCACUCCAAGGAACUCGGACCCUCAGGGGAAGAGCCAGCAACUCAGCUGACUUCUUGCACCUUCAGGCAGCUUUGAAAUUUCUUCCCUGAAUUACUGCCAUACCACCUACUCCAAGACACUGGAACCUCAUCAGAAUUUGCACAGUGCUGUCCCCAGUCCUCAGGGCUGUGGGAUCCUCUUAGAGUACACCUUCCAGCGUAAGCAAGAAUCCAUCCACCCAGGAGUGAAGGCCAUGUAGUCACUGACCUCCUGUCACUAGGGGGCGCUGGGUCAGGCUGGGCACCCAGAGAGGCCUCUGUCCCAGGAGUCUGGUGUUGGUGUGCAGUCCCCCAGUCGCCUCCGACUCUUUGCGACCCCAUGGACUGCAGCACCCUGGCCUCCCUGGCCCUCACCACCUCCUGGAGUUUGCCUAAGUUCAUGUCCAUUGCAUUGGUGAUGCCAUCCAGUCAUGUUAUCCUCUGA